UUGGUUAAUAUAUAAAUCUUCUUCGUUGUUAAGGACAAAGUUAGUCGUGUGCGGUUUAACAUAGUUGAAAGGCAGACGCGCUUCCCUUUGGGAACGUUCUCUAUGUAUAUACGGUAAAUUGUGUACUCCCCUCGACACGGCCGAAUCAUAAGUUUAUAAAUCUUAACUCGCUAAUAAAUCAUACAAGUUUAUGAUUCUCCGUGUUAACGUGCAAGCGCGACCCUAUGAACCAUACCCGAUGCGUAUUUCCUCUGCGGUGUUGCGUGAGUCGACUAUUCCACAAGAAGAACCUAAGCUCUCGACGCUUUAUUAUUCGUAUGAAGAUAUAUAUAUAUAUAUACCUUCCGAUAGGAUGGACUAUAUAUAUAUAUAUAUAUAUAUAUAGUAAUGAAGAGUAACUUGAUAAUGUAACUCGUUGCCAUAACUACCGAGGAAAACAAGAUGUAAUAAGGCCUUCCAUGUCGAUUUCAGACGUAGUUUUAACAUGGUCACCGAAGAAGCAGAUCUAAUUACUGUGCCAAAGCCAGAGAAAAAAUCAUUAUUGGAAAAAUAUGAAAUACCAUUGGAGAAUCUAUCGUACGAAUAUAUCACAGAAUGUACAAAUGGCAAGACCUUGGAACGUAUCGUCAUAAUACUUAGAUCCGGGGAGGAAGGUAUCUAUCCAGAUUUAACGAGACAUGCGGAAGAACGUUUGGCGAUAAUAAAACCGAACAGUACAGUCUUACGAAAGAUUUUACCAGUACUCACACGUAAAAUGUUGCUACCAGACGAAUGCAAGGAACUUGAUAAUGAUAUUAACGAUUGGACUCGUGAAAUGCAUUGUCGAGAGAAGGAUUUGAAUGAUGGGAAAAUAUCUCUCCUGGAUGAUCCUUCACUUAUCCCAGAAAUUAGACAUACCGAAGAGAUUUCUACGAUGAAAAAAGAUAACAAAGAAAGAUAUGAUAUCGAUCGAAAAUCCAAACGAAUAGCAUCUUGCGAUUAUGCUGCUUGGGACAAAUACGACGUUGACACUGAAAUAAAUAGGAUAGAUUUGCAAGAUGAGAGAAAACAGAUCGAAGCUAAGGAGAUCCAACGAAGACAGAAAGAUAUGGAAAAGAAAAGGAAAGAAAAUUCUAAAGAAAUCAUUCUGAACAAAUCUUCGUUUACUGGUACAGAGAUAGACGUGAUCGCUGAGCAAGAAAGAAAAAAGGGAAAUGAAGCUUUCAGAAUUGGUGAUUAUGUCGAUGCAUUACGAUUUUAUGACUCCAGUAUCGCGAUAAAUUCAUGCCCGAUCGCUUAUAAUAAUCGAGCUAUGACACUCAUUAAGUUACAGCGUUACGAAGAUGCACUCAAUGAUUGCAAUAUUGUACUUUCUGAGGAUGACAAGAAUAUCAAAGCACUUCUUCGACGUGCAUUGUGUCUCGAAAAUUUGGAUAAAAAACAAAAAGCUCUAACCGAUUACGAGACAAUCUUGAAACUGGAACCGACAAACAGAACGGCCAUUGCUGGAAUUAAUAAAUUAAGAAAACCUUGCGAAUCUAAAAGAGUGAGAAUGAAAAUCGAAGAGGAAACGUCUUCGAAUGAAAUUUCGAAGAUCGUCGGAGGUGAGGGUGAUACUGAAAAAAUAAAUAUUAUUAAAAAGUGUCUUUCAAAGUCAUCCAAUAAAAAGAUUGAAAAUGUUAUUGAAAAUAAUAUAUGUAUUUGUGAGAGAGGACCAGGACCGUCUCAUAGUAACAAGCCUUUACCACAUAUCAAAGAAAAUUAUUGUCUUCAAAAUGAAAGUAAACGGAUAUUAUCAAAUUGCAAUGAAAUUAAUCUUGGAUUAACGAAUAUUAAUUUAUCUUCUUCUAACAAUGCUACGUCAAACGAAUUAACCUCCAUUUUAAUUGGUCAAGAAUCGAAAUCUAUAAAACAUAAUAAACAAAAAUCAAUUUUUUCUUGUAAAACGAGAAGUACAUCUGGAGUUGUCAUAGAGGAAAUCCCAAAUGAUCAAUCGUAUACGAAAAAAAUUAAAUCUAUCGAUAGAAAGGAUAAUGAAGAAAUAAAAACUAAUCAUAAUACAAUAAAUGGAAAUAAAUCUAAUUCGUUAGAGAAAAACAAUGAGAUCAAAAGAAAAUACAACGAUGAUGAAUCAUGUCGGAAGGAAGAUAAAACUUUUAUGAAUUUGGAAAAUAUAUCGAGUCCGUACGAAUUUCUACGUGCAUGGCAAUCUUUAAAAGAUGAUAAUGAUUUAAAAAUACAUGCUCGACUAUUACGAACUUUAAAAUUCGAAAAUCUCAGUACAGUUAUAGGUAACAAACUCGAUGGAAAUAUGUUCAGUUUGAUAUUACGUUGUUUAGAACAACAUUUUUGUAAAUCCGAAGAUUAUGAAUUACUUGUUCGUUAUUUAAAAUCAAUUAGUCAAUUAAGUCGAUUUUCUAUUGUAAAAAUGUUUAUGGAUAAUAAUGAUAAGAAAGCUUUAUCAAAUAUAUUCCAAUUUUUGAAGGAUCAAGAAUCUAAGGAAGUAUCAGUCUUACGUGAAGUUUAUAUUUAAAACUAU